UAUGUCAGUUUCCUGAUUUCUACAUUUUCUGCAGGUCACCUGCAACAUAAAAAGAAAAAGAAAAGCUGUAAUAUUGAUGGGUGGCCUACUGUGCAACAAGAUUUCCAUAUAGUGUUUUUGGUGUCCUUACAUGUAUGUUUCUUCUCGCGGUGGAUGUGUAGUCAGAGCACAGAUGGGCAUACUCCCAAACCUUAAUAACUGUGCCAGAUUGUCCUCUGAGUUUAUUCUAAACCUUAGGAAGUCAGAGACCACACUAUGGAACUAACUUCUUUCUAAAUUGCAUGACUGACUGAUAGGAGAUUUCCAAAUAACAUUUUGACUGCCUCACAUCCAGGAAAAGAACUCAGCAAAAUACAAAUAAAUAUGACAAUAUCUUAGACAGGAAAUCUUCUCAUCCCACAAGAGGCAGGAAACUGCUAGAGGAAGCUACCUUGGAGAGGAUUCUUUCCUCCCCUCCCGAGAGGAGCUGAACUCAAAAUCUCUCCAUUUCAUAAUAGACAUUAGAGGAAACAUUUCCAGCAGUGGAUUUGCACUGGUGUUUUGUCCCCUAGAAAAACGUUUCCUUCGGGUAGGUUCUAAUAAGCCCCAUUGGGACACUUUGGAUUUCCCUGUCUGCUCUCUGCCUCUCUAUCCUUAGAGGGUCACUUGGAAUCAACUCAUAUUUCAGGUUCUCUCUUCCCAUUUCUGCUGCCACACAAGGAACCCAGAUUACAUCAGAGAGAAGCUGAGCUCCAGAGGUUCACACCAGGAGCUUACUCAUUGCCACGCUGUUCCUGCUUCCUGACAGGUUCACUUGAACCAUCUGGAGAUUGGGGAACAAGGGCAGUGUGGGUAUUCAUGAAAUUCAAAUAAUGCCAAGCAUUCCGGGAUGGUAAUGAGAGAUGUUGUCUCAGAGGUGUGCUCUGUGGCUGUCUGGGUUUCUUAAUUGUGCAUCCUGCUGGGGUUAAGAACAGAAAUAGAAAAUGACAAUUGUCUUGCCUCUCCUUCCUUCAGGAGGUGAGCAUGCAGGAGGUUUCACAGCCCAGUCUCUACAGAGAGCCCUGAACUGCCAACCAGACUGAGCCCAUCAGAGAAUAACACCUCCUUUGCUGAGGAUUCUCAUACAUUUUCAAUCAGAAACAGAAGCAAAGAUUCUGCAGCUCCCACUGAAACUCCCAGAAACCUUCAGGUGCUUCACCCUUCUGAGAUCCUUGAGUCCAAAUGUGGGAGCUAAUCAGAUUGCCUUUCUUUACUUUACCAUGAAUUCCUCUUAGACAUGUUGUAGCUCCUAGGCUUUGGUUAACUCUCACUCUGUUACUGAUGCUUUUUAUUAAGUAUUGAGAAGGGAAGUAAAUUAUUUCUUUUACGGCUAAACAUAUAUGGUCAUCAUUCAUAUUAUAUAUUAAUGGUUCCAGGGAAAAAAUAGAUGCACAUUUGAUGUGCAAAUUAUGUAAAAGUGUUUAGGACUUGGCUAUAUAUGUUUCUUUGGUGAAGAAAUAUCUAUGUGAUAGAGAUUUAUUUGGGAAAGAUGACACUCACAAAAGAAGUCAGAAAUUGCUGUUUCCUAGAUUUCGCUAAAAUGUACAAAAUAAUUUUCCCAGCCAAAGGAAAGUAUAGCACAGUAUAUUAUGGAGGGAUGUUACAUCUCAGGAAAAUUAAUACAUGUCAGCUGUUUUAUGCAUUUAAUUAUUGUCAGUACAGUCACAAUACAUGCUAAUCUAUGAGAAUGUAUUUAGUGCAAUGAAUAUAAACCCAAAUGAUGCUAAAUCAGUGUCUUAUCUUAAAUUGAGCAUGGCACUAAAGAGGGCAUAAGGCACCUGGAAUGUACUAAAUAAAUAUGUAUAAAUAUUAGAUUUUCCAUAGACUGGAGGAUAAGUUUUUGUGGUGCACAUGGAAAGAGUACAGAAGAAGAACUGAGGUGAGAAGGGUGGUGUAAUAAAGUAGGAAAAUGAUGUAAUAAUUAAUAAUACCUUAAGUUUUCUUUUCUUAGGAUUUUUGUUUAAUGUAUACUUUUUUAUGUAUUUCUGCUUUUCCUCCCAAGGCACAUCUUCACAAUGAAAUCUUCACAAGCUCAGAACCAUCAACUUGCUACACUGUGCUCCUCCAGCGCCCAGUUCACAGGAAGCACUCAAGAGUAGGAUCAAUUGUUAUCAGCCUUUACCAGAUUAUUGAAUAGACAGUAGUUACAUGAAACUGACACUCAGUUCUUCAUGGCCCACGAUAGUUCUUAUAUCCAGAAAAUUUACUUAGAUUAUCAACUAUGACUCCAUAAGACAACUUUGCGAAGUCUUGGCUCAUAACUAUGUAAGCAAUAAGAUAAGUCAGUUUUCAUUUCUCGCUUGUUACUUACAAGUAAAUAGCCCUGCAGCUCAGAUGAGCUACAGAUUAACUAUAGGUAAUCACUUUAGCGAUUCUGCUUUACCCAUGCCCAAAAUGUUAGAAAAGAACCUGACAGAUCAUUAAAUUUUGAGAUUUGCUUUUUAAAAUGCGGGUUCCAUAAAGUUAUGUUGUUUUGCUUAUAUAUAAAGAAGCAAAUGCCUUCUUAGAUACUUACUUUAAAAUUCUAGUUUCCUUACCAUGUAUUAACCAGAUAAUCUGUCAUUUUUUAAAUUCUGAAAUUGUACAUAUAUAAUGUACAUCUCUGUGCCUGAAAGCUACAUUUGGAAUUAGAAGGUGUGUCAAGGUAGUGCAAAAUCACCCAGUCCAUUCCUUCCAACUCCCUAGAAAUCUACUCUGUUUGGUUUCCUCUUGAUGGUCUUUAAUUAACAUUAAGUAUAUCACAUAGGUAUCAAAUAAAAUUUAAAAAAAGAUAAAAGAGAAGUGAUUCAAAAUUCAAGUGUUUAAACACUUCAUGAAUCCUCCCGUUGUUCUUGACACAUUUUUAAAAUUUCAUUUUAAUUCAGAUCAUUAGGGAUGAAAUUCUUCUGAACUGUAGCAUUUUAUUUCUUUUGGGAGGAAGGGGCUAAACUUGGCAUAAUUAUAUGAGACUAUACUAUAAAAGAAACCAGAUCUAAUAUAAGGACAUCCAUACUUAGUUAUUAAUUCAUUUGCUUAUAUUUAUGUAUAUGUCAUUUGACAAAUGUGUAUUAAUAUACACAAUUAAAGGGAUAUAAAAAUGAACAUGCCCCCUCCAUUUCUUUAAAAGAAAUCAAGACUGAAUCAAACAGGUCUUCUGUUCUGAAAGAAUAUGCAGACUAUCAGGUACCUUAUUUUCCUUCUUUUACACCUGUCUUUCAGUUAGCUUCAAAAAAUCAUGGUUUUUACUGUGUUUCUUUUUUCCUUUAUGUCUUUCUUUUGAGGGAAAUGAAAAAUUGAGAAAGGAAAUUAUUAUUUUAUAAGUGGGUAGGUUUGUAUACAUCUUUCACAGUCAAAUAUUUUUCUAUGCCUUAUGAGUUUAAAAAAUAAAUUUAGAAAGUUUGAUAAACACGUGAAUUUUUUAUUUUAUGUUAUUUUAUGAGACGAGGGCUUGCUAUGUUAUCCAGGCUGUCCUGGAACUCCUGGGCUCAAGCUAUCCUCCUGCUUCAGCCUCCCAAGUAGCUGGAACUACAGGUGCAUGUGACGGCGCCUACUGAGAAAUUUUUACUAUCAACCUAAAAUUUAGUAAGUUCUGGUCACAUGUGAGGAAUGUUUAAUAUAUUAUUUAGAUUAUUUUUGUGUCAAGGUAACUUGAUCACCUAUCAAUAAUGCUUAUAAGAAAAUAGAUAUCUCAUCUGUUGCUGUUAGAAAGGAUCUGUCUCUUUCCGCAAUUCUUGCUUCAAUGAGGUUUUCUUGACCCAGAGUCUGGUCCUCACAUUUUAGAUUCAGCUUUAGGAAUUUUGUUCAGGAACUGCAUCACACUACCCAAAAUCAAAAGAGGAAAAUGCAUAAGCCAGAAUACCUAAACAUUCGUUUAUUUAAACUUCAAAAUGUGACUGCAAAAGGAGCCAAGAACUUUACUACUCAACACAUUUCUUCUUUGUAGAAAUAACUGCUCAAGAAGAUAAAUUAUUACCUAACAGUUAAUUGAUGAAUAUGAAAUCAGAGCAAGAGGGGCUAAUUAGAGAUUUUACUAGCUAGGGCUAUUUACCCAAACCAUCUAUCCAGACUGUAGACAUAGAAUCACCAGGUGACUAGGAUCCUGGGGCAGCUGGUUCCCCUUUUUCCUUACCCUGAAUGUCAUUAAGGAUGCAUUGCCAAAUGCUGCCCCUCUGGCCUGAUGACUACACUCCGUAUUGGUUACCUGCCUUCUUUUUCCUACAGUCUUUCUCCAGACAGGCACACCAUACAACUGACUACACUUGGGCUCACUGAAUGAAUCACAUUCUUCUGCUCUGCCUCCCAGAGAUUUCAUCAAAGCACCGGCAGUGGCCUUCUGGAAGCUCCUCAAACUCUCCACUCACAUGUUUCCUGCAAGUGUAGUGUUUCUCACCUCUAGAUUGUUAUUCUCAUCAGUUACAUGUGAGUUUCACAAAUUGAUUUCUCAGAGUGCAGGUCUGUCUCUUACAUCCUUGGGAAACACUGCUUAAUAUCCCAACUGGUAUUGACAACAAUUAAACUAGGCACUGGCCAAAAACAGUGCCUUUCCUCACUUUAAUCUCAGUAAAGUAGAUAAGCCUCGAGUUAUUUUGUUAUUGCAAUGGCACUGACAAAUGUUUGCACCAAAAACCAUGUUGAAGUUCGUUAAGGAAACUGUGAUCCAAGAUUCAAGGUGAAGAAGACAAAUUCAUCAAUUCAGCACACCACCAAUUCACAGGCUAAGCAUCUUACUGUGAAUUCGUUGAUGCUGCCAUUUGUCAAGUGCCAAACUGAAUUACUGAUUUGUCAAUAAUUUCUUUCUGUUGGUUACUUAGAUAGUAUAUUGCAAUUCUUGUUGCUGAAAUUAGCUACCCUUUUUCUAUUCGAAAAAUAAUUUCUUGCAUUUGGGAUUUCAGGUAUAGCGAUUGUUACAAAUAUGAAGGACUGAAUUAACAGCAAGUUUUCAAGUAAAACUUUACUUAUGUAUAACUGAAUGAGUUAUUGAAGACAUUUACUAACAAUUUUCCACAAACUAAAAAUUUAUAAAACAAUAAAUAAAAUAGACUUUUUUAAAAGUGUGUCACAUAGUUGCUUGUUUUUUUGUUUGUUUGUGUGUGUGUUUGUUUGGUUUUUUCACUAGUGAAAUGGUGAAAAAUCAGACAAUGGUCACAGAGUUCCUCCUGCUGGGGUUUCUCCUGGACCCAAGGAUUCAGAUGCUCCUCUUUGGGCUCUUCUCCCUGUUUUAUGUCUUCACCCUACUGGGGAAUGGGACUAUCCUGGGGCUCAUCUCACUGGACUCCAGACUCCACACCCCCAUGUACUUCUUCCUCUCACACCUGGCUGUCGUCAACAUCACCUAUGCCUGCAACACGGUGCCUCAGAUGCUGGUGAACCUCCUGCAUCCAGCCAAGCCCAUCUCUUUUGCUGGCUGCAUGAUGCAGACCUUUCUCUUUUUGAGUUUUGGACAUAGCGAAUGUCUCCUGCUGGUGGUGAUGUCCUACGAUCGUUAUGUGGCCAUUUGCCACCCUCUCCAAUAUUCCGUCAUCAUGACCUGGAGAGUCUGCAUCACCCUGGCCAUCACUUCUUGGACAUGUGGCUCCCUCCUGGCUCUGGUCCAUGUGGUUCUCAUCCUAAGACUGCCCUUCUGUGGGCCUCAUGAAAUCAACCACUUCUUCUGUGAAAUCCUGUCUGUCCUCAGGCUGGCCUGUGCUGACACCUGGCUCAACCAAGUGGUCAUCUUUGCAGCCUGUGUGUUCAUCCUGGUGGGGCCGCUCUGCCUGGUGCUGGUCUCCUACUCGUGCAUUCUGGUGGCCAUCCUGAGGUCCAGUGUGGUGGGACUCUUCUUUGGCAGUGCCAUCGUCAUGUACAUGGCCCCCAAGUCCCGCCAUCCUGAGGAGCUGCAGAAGGUACUUUUUCUAUUUUACAGUUUUUUCAACCCAAUGCUGAACCCCCUGAUUUACAGCCUGAGGAACAUAGAGGUCAAGGGUGCCCUGAGAAGAGCACUGUGCAAGGAAAGUCAUUCCUAA